AUGUCGAUGACGGCGUCGAAGGCCGCGGAGCUCAUGCGAAGAGCCGGCGGCGAUCUUCCUGCGCCAAAAGGCCUGAGCACGAGCACCGCGAUUGUGCCGGCAGGCGCGGCUGAUGAGGACGAGGAGUGGGAGGAGGGGGACGGAGAGUGGGAGUACGAAGGAGGUGGGGACUUGAGCUACGACGAUGAGGUAGAUCUGGUGGACGAGUCGGGGAAUUACCUCCAGCAGAUUCGGCCGCAGAUGGGUGGCCGCAACCGAAUGCGGAAUGUCGGGCUCCACACCAUCGAGAUUUACUAUCCGCAGUUCUACUUCAAGCAGACCGAGAUGGAGGAAUUUGAUGCCAGGCCGGAUCGUUAUGGGCCAUCGGUGAUCGGCAAGUACACCAAAGGAAUCGGGAUGAUCGAGGCAAGAUAUCCCACCGAUGAUGAGGAUCCCGUCAGCUUCGCCAUGACGGUGACCCAUCGCCUUAUUGAGCGAAUGGACAAGGAGGGCUUCAACGAGACCUACAGAUACAUGCCGGAUGGCAAUCGCCUGCCUUCUUGGAACAGCGUGGGUCGCCUGGACAUCGGUACCGAGAGCAUCAUCGAUAGAUCGAAGUCCAUGAAGGCCUACGUCAUGGACCUCUUCGAACGGUAUGGCAGCGGCGAGGGCAACAUCGAGGGCGUGGACAUGUACAACGCUUGCUACGGCGGUCAGGCUGCCGGUCUUUGCGCCCAGAAUUGGGUUGAGUCCGAUCGCUGGGACGGCCGCUACGGAGUUGCGAUCGCAACCGAUAUCUCCGAUGCUCCCUACGAGGGGCUCUUCUCUGUAGGCCGGGAGCUUUACGGCUUGUAA